AUGCCGGCUGUGUGUUGCCUUAGUACCAGGUCAGGGGCACAUCGCUCCCCCGGUUCGUUGCCGUUCUGUAUCAUAAUUAUCUGGACUCUCGCCGAUCUCUCCAUAUUGCCUGGUAUCCGUCUACCGUUCGUCGCGUGGAAGAGAGUCUGCGCCUCUCAGCCCAUCCCAUCGUGGGCUCAGAAAACCACCUCUCGUCCUGUGCGAUUCUGCUCCCUUUCCCGGAAAACUCGACCCAUCGACCGACCUACCUAUCUCUUCUUCAACCAUCGUGUCAACGAUAGCUAUACGACGCACCGCAAGCACAACUACCGCAACCACAGCAACAGCAACAGCAAUCACAGCAACAGCAAUCACAGCAACAGCAACCAAAGCAACACCGUCGACAGAAACAACAUCAUCGUCGACAACCCAAACACCUUUAGCGAGCUAGCUAGUCGAGACAGUCUUGAUCCCGAAAAGAAGAGUUCCGGCUCUCUUGACACUGCCCCCCCUCCCCCGCCCUCCUGCUUGAUCUCCUCAGCAAGCCCAGUGAGUUCCACCGUCUACGACUUCAUCAUCAACUGCCAUCUCCGCUCUGGAACUGUCUGGUCUCGGUCAAGUGUCUUGUGGCCCCCGUUCACCGUUCACCGUUCACCGUCCACCGUUUACCGUUCACCGUUCACGACCGCUACGCAUUCCACAAAGGGCGUCCACGACACUAACACCAACACCAACACCGAUACCGAUACCAACACCAGCACCCCCCGCCACAUUACUCGAGGCGAGACGAGACGAGCCGAGCUGAGCUGGGCUGAGGCGCCAGGCCAGGCCAGCGUCCUUCUGGUGGGUGAACCGGUGCGACGCGGCGCCAGCAAUCACCCCUUCGCCAACCGCGGCGUCGAGCCCAUCACCGUCACCACCACCGAUCGCCCAUACCCGCCGACCAUGGCCACGUCGGCAGGGAUCAGUCCCACCGCCUCCAGGUACCAACAACCCCCUCCUCCAUACUCCUCCGGCUGGUCAGCUCCCUCCCUCGCUGGCCUCAUGUCCCCGACAGACUCUCGACGUCCAUCAGACUACCGGACGGAGUCUCCUCGUCCCCUCUCAGCAUCACGGUCACAUCCGCAUCGGCUAUCCCUCCCCUCCAUACACGAGGCGCUCAGCAGCAGUGGAUCCAGUUCGAAUGUCUACAUCUCCCCCGUGUCUGCCUCCGGACCGCCGUCGCACCAGGUCGCAUACUCGCCCGGGCCCGAAGCCCCUCGAUCAUACCCGCCGCCGCCGUCUCAACCGACCCCAUACUCCCAAAGGCCCGAAACCCCUCGAUCGUACCCGCCGCCGCCGGCUCAAGCGACCCCAUACUCCCAAAGGCCCGAAACCCCUCGAUCAUAUCCGCUUCCGGAACAGCCACGGUACUCGACGCAGUCUGCCACUCCACGUCUGCCACGGCCCGCAUCUCCUCCGCAACCAGUCCACCCCGUUCACUUCUCCCGACCGGAGCCAGCUCCAUUUCCCGAGCCGAAUAGGCGCCCCUCGUUCUCCUAUCGGUCAGCCGUUCAGGCUCCUCAAGAUCAGCCCGCCAUGCCUCGCUACGAGCCCGCAAGACACGAGCCGGAUUCCAGAUCUCACGACCGAGUCCCGCAGGAUUAUGUCCAGCGCCCUGCGCAUCAGCAACCCACAUACGCGUACGGUCCGCCGUACCGCCCCAUGUCUCCUCCCCCUCCUGCAUCCCAUCAUGGUCCCGUCUUCAUCCCGCCACAGUACGAUCCUCGAGAGAUGGAAACGAGGUGGGCCAGAGACGAGAAGCGAGAACCGACCGCUGCCUUCAGGCAAGGAUUGAAGCGGCAUUUCGAGAUGUACAAUUUCGAGAACAACCUCGCUUCGAUCAACAAGCUCAGCUCCACCAUCGCGGCGUGGGCGGCGCACUACAACGCCAUCCUGAGCGAACAGCAACCCUCCGCCAUCCUCGUCCCAGACCGCAUGCCGACGCUCGAAUCCGUCGACGAAACCAUAUGCCAACAAGAAGCCCUCUACCACGCGCUGGAAGAAAUGCGAGCGAUGAUAGUGGAGCAGAACACGCGCCUGCACCACAGCAUGAACCCAGCCGGAGGAGGCGACUGCGACGACGAAUCGUCGUACGGAGACGACAACCACAACAUCAAGGGACCCGAUAGCAAGAAACGUCGCGGGAAAGUCGCACCUCCAGGACGCUGCCACGCCUGCAAUCGUUCCAAAACGCCCGAGUGGCGCCGCGGUCCCGACGGCGCACGCACGCUCUGUAACGCGUGCGGCUUACACUUUGCCAAGAUCACUCGCAAGCACAAGGCCGAGAUGGGGGCGGCGGCGACGCUGCAACAACAGCAGCAGCAGCAGCAACAACAGCAGCAGCAGCAGCAACAGCAACAACCCACCCAGAACGUGGAUGUCUUGCCGCCUGGCCGUAGUUGA